AUGAUCGUAGUAUCAACAUUUCUUACUUCGGCGUCAGCUGUUUACUUCCGUUUUAACAGUAAGCCUUUAACUGCUAAACGACAAAACGUUUAUUACAACACGUCAGUUGCUUUUUAUGUUAUUGUUGGUGCAUCACAUAAAAUUCCACCAGAUGAAGAUCUCAGAGGUAAAUUCUGGGAGUGGCAACUUCCAUAUAAAGAUCUAAAUGCAACAGUUGAUUACGUCAGUGACGGUCCUGUCAAUAUUACUGGCAUUCCUGCCCUCGUUCCUGGUGUUAAUCCAAACGCUCGCUUUGAUGAUCGUCAAUUUUGCAUCAGAGCCCCUUAUACAUGGAAACAUUUCGUCGAGAAACAUGGAGAAGCGAGAUGGUACUUCAGAGGCAUUCAUGAUACAUUUGUUAAUAUGUCUGGUCUCGUCGAAACGAUGAAAAACCUUGAAAGUCAACUUGAUCCUAUGAAAGAAUUCGGAUUUGCAUAUAAUGUACAUGAGUAUGGCUAUCAAUUAUAUCCUCAUGGUGGAGCUGGUUACUUGUUUUCAAAUUAUGCAGUUAAAAAAUUCCACGAAAACGCAGGAAGAUUCAAUUAUUACUGUCAUCAAAUCGCCGAUGAUGUUGGCUUAGCUCCAUUCAUGAGGGAUGUCUUUGGACUCGAUGUUACCAAAUAUAUCUCGAAAUAUUUCAUUACAACGUGGCCAAAUACAGAAAAUGAUAUUAUUUUCAAAAAAGAAUACUACAAAGUUGGACAAUGUCCUCCAUAUUAUCAACUAUACAACGGUGCUGCAAAAUUAACUCCAUGUCCUGCACAUUCUGCUGUUUCUCUUCAUAUGCACAAAGUUAAUAUGAAAUUGGCAUUGGAUCUUAUCCAACAGACACCAGAAGAAUUUUCUGUUACAUACCCUAAUCCUUCUACACCUACUUUCUGUAAGAAUUAA